AUGUUCCUGUGGUUGGGGAUGCCGCGAGAGAGUGAAAUUGCAAACAAACUUUGUGAGGAGGACGUUGCGGUUGCAAAAGAGGCAAGGGUCGCCCUGUCGGCAUGCGCAACCGUUUUCAUACAUUAUAUCACUGAGUUAGCUGUGCAACAAUGUGACAAGAGGAAGAAGGUUACUCUCAACCCCGAAGACAUCAUCGAGGCGCUGAGGGAAGCAGAGUUCGAGGAGUUUGAAGAGACUCUGGUGCAAUCUUUGAACAACUUUAGAAAUCAGAUCAGCAACGCCAAGAAAACCUCUGCUGCCAAGCGGCAGAAACUGGCGGACCCAGAGGAGGCUGGAGCAGACAAUGCAGGACAAGCGAUUGAUAACGACAACUCUGCUUCUCAGGCUGAUGGUGGUCAAGAUGAUGAACAAGUGGCAGAGUCGGAAAAAGCCUAG